CGUCUUCACCCGAGUAUCUCACACAGCCUUUUCCUCCUCUAUAUGUACUAUCGUUUGCCUCACCCUCGUUUCCGACUUUUUUUUUCUCCUCGUGCAAAAAUACUUCUCAACUUCACGUGCGCAAAAUAUAAUCCAAGGACAUUUCGCACCAUCGUCAUGGGGAUUACUAUCACGUCAACCUGUUCUUCGUAGACGGCGGCUAGACGUGGUGUCCAGGUGACCGCAAAGUGUGUAGGAGAGGGAAAGAGAGAAAGUGGUGGCAGUGCUGGUGCCAUCCAUUGUGAUAGGCGGCGUGGUGCUUCUUUUGCAUUACUGGAAAUCCACUGGAAAAAUUACACUUGCGGAUCCGGUAUAUAACCCCACUCUUUAUUUAUUAAAACGAAAAGAGGGAAAUUGCUUUCGAAAUAGUAGUGAAACAUGGGGAGUGAGAGACAUCACUGUAAGUAAAUAAAAUAAAUAAUCCGUCCUACCUCAUGGAAAUCGAGAGUGCGGCGCGUGUCCAUGACCCACGUCGUCGAGAUGAUUUUUCUCUUUUUUCGAGUGCUUUGUAUCGGUGAUAGAGCGUGAUAAACAUAACGAGGUAUCAGAUUGACGGCUCGCCAUGAAUUUCCCGCCGUUCGGAGGUCACUUUCCUGGUACUAUACCGAGUAUCCAUCAAUUUACGACCGACGGCUCUGGGGGUGCAAGUGCUCGAUAUGCAAAUCACUUUCCAAAUCAGCCUCCAAUCGGAGUGCCGGUCAUGGGAAAAUAUCGUCCAGAGUCAAACAGUGUUCAAACUGCCCAGUCCCAGGUGAUGAUGAACAACAAAACUUCCUACCCAAACAGCAAUGUUCAUCACUACACAAACGUUCCCUACUCCCAGGCUCAGCCUGUUCAACAAAGACCUACAAAUUCGCCAGUGAUGCAAGAGAAACGAACCUAUCAUCAGGCAACAGAAACCAUAAAUCAGCAAGAUGUCUGCAAUCUUUUGCAGGAGAAAGACAAGAGCAAGGAUAAAAAAUCCGAGGAUCAACGAAAUGGUGAGGCGGCUACAAAUGGUGGUCAACAGGACUACACAAUGCAUCAGCAUCAUCAACAGCAUGCUCAUACACAAACACCGGCAACAAUGCCAGCAACAUGGCAAUCAUUGGCAACACCCGGUUCAACUGUUGCCGAUUACCUGAGUCAUUUACCUGCCAGUACUCUACCUCUGAGUUUACAUCAUUUUCUCAAAUAUUCCGCCGAGAGCAUUAAAAAGGAAUCGGAAAUGGCGCAAACAACAUCCGUUGCAGUGGCAACAACGACGACGCCAAAUAUAAUGAUGUCGCCAAAUAGUAAAAAGAAAAAGAAGAAGAAGGCACCAAAAGAAAAGAAACCACGUCCAAAACCCGGUGAAAUACGUCUCACAACUGCUUUAGACGGUUCAACAUUGUACUGUUGUCCAGAAUGUCAUAUGGCUUAUCCGGAACGUGAUCUUUUGGAACAGCAUCUUCUUGGUCAUACACUUGAACGAAGAUUCGUUUGUGAUAUUUGUGGGGCUGGAUUGAAACGAAAGGACCAUUUGACACGUCAUAAGCAAAGUCAUAAUCCGGAAAGACCUUAUGUUUGCACCGUAUGCCUCAAGGCUUUCAAGAGAAAGGAACAAUUGACAUUGCACUUUGUCAUUCAUUCCGGCGAGAAGAGACAUGUCUGUACAGAGUGCGGGAAAGGAUUCUAUCGAAAGGACCAUUUGCGAAAACACACCAGGAGUCAUAUUGCGAGACGAGUCAAAGCCGAGCUGAGUCAAAAUGCUGCAGGUAGUCAACAAAAUCAACAACAAAACAAUGUGACGAGUAUGCAAACAACGGCAGUGACAACAUCCUCCGUUCUCCCUGGUGGACAUCCAGGACCUCUCCUGUCCUGAGCCCCGCCACCAGGGAACUUUCAAGUUCCCCAUCCCAACAACAUUAUUCAUCAACACACACCUCAUCACACGCUGCAUCAUCAUCAUCUAACGACAGUCAAUGUCGCUCAUCAAUCUAGCGUGACACCACUCGCCACCCCGAGUCACUAUCAGGCGCAUGAACUUAGCUUCCUUGGGCACGUCAAAGAUUUCUGAGAGCACGGGAAUACCUCAUCGAAGAGGUAACGAGACAUUCAAUGACAAAACGUGACAAACCUUUCCACUAUUCAUGAGUAUUUUUGUUUCCAAUAAAAAACAAAUUUCGAAAAGAAACACUUUCUUAAAGAAAUACGAAAACUCGAGGACAAAAACAAUACUGUAUACGUGGGAAGAAAUCAAAUUUUUCCUUAUUAUAGAGAGAGACUCGAAAUGAGUCACGAACUUGCUUUUUACAUGCGUGCGAGAGGCAAAAAAAAACCUAUUUUUAUGGUAGAGCUCAAUGAGUACGUAGAAAUUAAAAAAGAAAACCAAAACUAAGAUCAAUGGUUAAUCAAAAUUAAAAGAAGAAAAUACUAAGGCUUCUUUAUAUAACAUACUUUUUUGUCAAUUGGAUUAAAAAUUUUAUUCUCUUUUUAAAAUAGGUGCUCUCAAAUCGCACUUGACAGGGCCUUAGCACAGUACCAUAAGAUAGAAGUGGCAAUACUCUAUUAAUGAAAAAGCGAAGAAAAAAAAAGACAAGAAAAUGUUUUUUUUAAAUGUCAAAACAUUUUCUACUCGUUUUUUAUAUUAUACAAAGUUGACAACAGUAUUUUAUAUUUUACGACUAGUUCCAAAAUUUUCCUCUCCUGAUUAUUAUUUAUGUUUAACACAAAUACAUUUCAUGAACUCUCCAAGAGUUCAAAAAAAUAUUUCACACAUUCUUUUUUUUUCUUUGAAAAAAAAACUCUUUUUAUACGUCUAUUUUUUUUAAUAUGCAUAAUUAUAUUUUUUAAUUAUAUAGAUAUCUAAUUUUUUCGUUGAGCACUGAUUACGCUUUUAAGAAUGUAGAAAUUUUUUAAAAGGAAUAUUUUUAAAUAUGAGUAAUCUUUUAAAGAUCUCUCCUAUGCUGGAUACAGUCGAAAUACGAAAUUUUUUAAUAAGUGUAACACAAUUUUGUAUUUUUAAGUUUUUAGGUGUCGUUUAAAAACGCUAAAAAGCCACAUUGCAGUGCCUAAUUGUGUAUGGUGACACUUAUUCGACUGACGGUGUAAAUGUUUUUCUAGCAUUUAAAAAACGAGAAUAUUUGAGUUAUUGAGAGUUUCGCAUAAGGAAUAUUUAAAAAUUCCACAGAUGAGAGAUAUUAGUGAAUAUUAAUUUUCAUUUUUGUUUUUAAGAAGCAAAAAAAAAAAAAAAAGUUUUUGUUAAUGUGAUUUGUUUAAUUUAAGUAUACAGUCAGAGAUACUCAUUUUUUUAACCUGAUGGUCUUUUUUUAUAUAUAUAUUUUUUUAAUUUUAAUAUAGUAAACUUUUUAGUUGCUGUGCCAUUAAAUACUCGCGUAAAUCAUCAAUAAUUGCAAAUCCCUUGCCAUAAUUAUAUUGUAAUAUUGACAAAAAAAGCGAAAGUUGUAUUAUUUUAAUUUCGCAUUAUUAUUAUUGUAUAAAAACAGUUAACUGUGCUUGGGAGACUGACGCGAGAAAACAAUAUCUUCCUCAAAUAUAUUUUUAUAUUUUUGUACGUUUAUCCUUAGAUUUAGAACAUAAAACCAUGAAGAAAACUUUUGUUAUCUACUUAAUUCAUAGACUUUAUUUUCAUUAUUUUUUUAUAAACAAUUUUUAAUUUGUUUUUCAAAUGUAACAGAUUUUUAAGUCAAUAGUUUAGAUAUAUUUAAAAAUUCUAUUUUCCCCAGUAUUCGAAAUUUUUGACAAUUUUUAGAUUUUAAUAGUUAUUUUUUUUCUCUUUGAAGAUUUUUAUUCAAUGAAAGGAAUAAAAAUUGUUAAUUAAUUUUAUAUUUUAGUUUAUUUCUUUUGUAUUUUUUUAAGCAUCAAGCUCCUAAACGCAAAGACGAUUUUUAGCAAGCAAAAAAAGGACAACAGACCUCAAGUUUAAGAAUAUUAAAUGCUGCAUAUAAUUAUACAUAAAGUUAUAAGAAAAUGAGCUGUAUUAAAAUAUCCACCAUGUAUUUGUAAUCGUAAAAAAAAGAGUACCUAGUUGUACGUUUAGUUAAUAAGUUUGUAUACAAAAUUAAAAUAUAAGAAACUUAAGUUAACGAGAGAGUGAGAGAAAAGCCCCGUAAAAAAAAUUUUCUCGAAAGUGUUAAUCAUAUUUACGUUCGGGAAAUUUAAGGGGGACAGUAUUUUGUGAAUAAGGUGAAUUGUGCAAAAAAAACUAAUUGACAAAUAGCUUUACGAUUUAUAUAAAUGAAGGUCAAACUUUCUCCUGAUCCGAAAAUUAUUGCUUCAAUAAAAAAUAGAUUUAUAAUCAAAAAUUAAUUUCUGUAAUUAAAGACAAAAAUUAAUUUUUAGAUUAAAAAAAAAAGAAUUAUUAUCUACGUUUUAUCGAAACAUGACGAAGAUUUCUUAAAGUGGCUUAAAAUAUCGAAAACGAUUGUUUUAUCGAAUUAUAAUAAAAAAUGUUCGUGAUGUUAAUUUUUAGUAAAAAAAAAUUUUUUUCUUUGAAUUUAAAAAAGUGAAACAAUAAAAAUCACAGGACAAAUUGAUUACAAUUCUGUAAAAUGCCGGAAUUUUAUAAAAGAAAUUUGAAAGGAGGGAGUUUUUCCGCUUAAAGACAGGAGAUGGAUAAAAAAAAUAAGAUAAAAUAUUUUUAGUAAUACAAAAAAAAGGAUUUAGUGUUACAGAAAAGCAACUACAUUAUGAAUAAAUAAAAAAAAAUUAUAGGUAAUGCUUUAAGACAUUGCAAAAUUCUAAAUGGAUAAUAAAACAUACUGCGCGAGAGGAAAAACAAAGUUUCGCGCUUUUUCCCCUCAACUCCGAUUCUCACUCAAGAAUUGAAACAAGAAACAAAAAAAAAAAGUAAUAUUCGAAAAUCAAUUCUUGUCUCUUAAGUUGUAUUAGUCGAAAGAAAAUGUGAUUCGUAAAAUCAAAUCGAGUGUAAAGUAAUUAAAAAUAAACUCGAUCAAAAAGAAAAGUAAAAAAUACCUAAUUUGCAAAGUUUACACUUUUAGGAAUUUUUAAUUGUCGAGAAAUCUACAGUAAAGUAUAUUAAGAAUAACACCAAUAGUAUUUUUUAAAUGUAGGGCCUUUAAAACUCUCGUAAGAUGAAAAGAAAAAUGUUUUCAAAAUGCCGGAUAAUAAUAAAAUGCGACUGAUUUAUAAUUUUUCAAAUAGCCAACUGUAAAAAAAAAUCUGCGACUUCCAAUUUUUCCCAUAUUUUACAUUCUUCCACCAACAUAGUGAAAAUCAAAUGAAUCGAAAACUAAAAGUCAACAAAGGUAAAAAAAAAAUGAAAAAGAGCAAUAUUUUUCUACACAUCUUCGAGUAAAUUUGAAUUCUUUUUUUUUUUUUUAUUUUUCAUGGAACACGCAAAGAAAACGAGAGGAUUAAAAGCUUUUGUUUUUUUUUUACAGAAAAAAUGAGAGAAAGAGAGAGAGAGUUUGUCAAAAAAUGUUUUUUACUUUUUAAAUAAAAACCUACUAUAGUUAA